AAUAUAGUUUGUGGUUGCCAUUCGAGUACGGAAGAUGAAGCUCAUAGUCAUACAUUUAAUAUUCACAUUGUAUAUAAUCGCUUCGAUUGAGUCCUCCACCAGACGUUUCAAUUUCGUUCUGACCGAAUAUUUUUGUAAAAAUUUCACGAGUUUGGCCCGUUUCUCAAAUUGUGGUUUCAUUACACCAGAUAAACCUAAUAUCUUUUAUCUGAAUCAGCAGGCCGUGUUCGAACGUGAUUUGGGUACAAAGUUCUAUGUACGAAUAUGGUUUCACUUCCGGCAGGGGAGUAUGCGUAACAGUAUUCGAAUUAUGGAUUUGAAAUUUAAAUUUUGUGACAUUUGGGAUGGAUCGACGGAAAAUCGCCUGCUCAAGACAAUCUUGAGUGAAGUUCGUAGGACAUCGAAUCUGCCGCAUAUGUGUCCGGUAAAAGGGAAUUUCUUGUAUAAAAUGGAAAAUUUCACCGUCACCGAUAAGUUUGUGCCCACCUAUGCUCCGUUUAUGAAUUUCACCGUUGCCCUGGAGUUUCUGGAGAAUGACAAACUUUUUGCCAUCACAAAAGUCUCCGGAGCUGUGGCACCGAAAUGAUAUGCAAUUUUCGAAAAAUAUAUAAAAAAGUGAUGAAAAAUAAUAAAAUUUUUAA